CUGCUGGGAGCUAGCCUGGCCUAUAGGGGCUAUAGGGGCCUGACACGGGGGUUUGCUGGGAGUGACAGAGGCCUAUAGGGACCACAGUGGCCUGACCGGGGGUGCUGGGAGUCUCUAGGGGCGUAUAGGGGCCUGACAGCAGGGAUGCUGCUGGUAGCUGUAGGGGCCAGGGCCUUACAGGAUCCAGGGGUGCACGUCUGCGGCCGGAGCUGCCCCGGCUCCGAGCUGGCAGCAGCGAGCGGGACUGGUAGGGUGCUAAUGCUCCUCCUAUGGUUAUUUCAUUUUAUUUCUUGUUCCUUAUUAUUUAUUAACUACUUUGGAGGCAUUGAUGGCAGGUCAGAUGCAAAGCCCCCUGAGCUCCCCAGCUCCGGGGCAGUGUUUCACCACUGUUGAGGCUGCGGGCUCCGGUUUAUUUGAAAUCCUUGUAUUUCGCAGCACUCGACUGCUCACAGCCUAUUCUAACAUGCCGGUGCUCUGCGCCUCGGUACAAGGGCGGCCGGGGAAGAGUCACAUUUGCCCCUUCUUCAUCUCUCUCCGUGAAUGAGCUUUGACAAACCUCACUGCUGUUUUUGCUGUGAUGUGAUAAUUGCUGAUACUGCUUCUUGUGUCUCUGCGUAUAGCUAUAAAUAGAUUAUUUACGCAGCAACUUGGUAAUUAUUCCCAUUACUCUGGGUUGUCUAGUGUUGCCCUGCCUUUGUCGUCCCAGCAAAGCGCUGGGGCCUGGCUCUGCGUGCAACGGGGCGGCCGCCCCGAAACGCGAGCCCGGCUGCCGGUUCCCCGCGUUCUCACGACCUGUUUUUAACACUAGAUGGUGGUAUCUCCACGAAGCUUUGGCUUGCGGCUUGGCCGUUACCGCUUACGGCUGGAAAGCUCCCGUCUGGCUACAGAGCGUUGGAGGAGCAAGUUGUGACUCGCCAACUCCAGUGUCGCAGAGCAGCCGACCGGCCCGGGGAAGCAGGGUCCCCUGCCAGAACGUGAUGGCAAUGGAAGAGGUCUUCUUCCAGCUCUGCGAGGAGGUUGCCAGGCUGCAGGACCUGUGCGCGAAGCAGGGCAAACUCCUCAGGAAGCUGACAGCGAGGAAGGGACCCGUCCUCGAUAUCCCUGUGUCGCUGCCGAUCCAGUGCACGGAGGAUGCGGUGACAGAGGAAGCGCAAAAACCCUCGGAGAGGCGACAGGAAUGCUCCGAGGCCCCGAGCUCCGCCGCAGCCGGCCCCGGCUCUGCCCAUCCGCUGGCGCAGCCCCACGCCGCCAACGCGGUGCCCGCCUGCAACGUCACGGACCCCCCGAGCACCGAAAACGCUGGCGUAUUAAGCGGUGGGGACGGGAAAGCGGCCCUUGCCAUGGCUUUCGGCAGCCAGCGCUGCAGCACGGCAGAGAGGAGCGAGAAGGGGGAUUUAGACACGUGGCUGAAAACUUACAGGGUGCUUCCUACUGUGAAAGCCAGCGAGGAAGAAGCGAGGGCUUGCUGUAACCUGCUGGAGUUUGCGGUGCCCGACCCAGAGGCUGUCGACUCCUUCCUGGACCUGUAUGAAGCCCCACAAGACCUUCAGAGGGAAGAUGCAUCUGGUGAAAGCGCUCUACCGGCUGCGAUUCAUGUUCCUGUAGAAAUCCGAGGACCUGUGAAGACGUCCUGGACGCCAGCAUGGACGCUGGAGGAGAGCCUCGGGCAAGGCGCCGUCCUCACCUCGGAGGCCGCACGGACUUGUGACUUUUGCCAGGCUGUUUUCCCCUCGGACGCAGCAGCCCACGCAGACUAUUUGAAGCACCUCUUAGCCCAUAUGAAAUAGGACUCAAUCUUCGUGCUCGUAAAUCUGUGUGUUUGCACCUCAGCUAACACCACGUGCCCUGGGGUGCCUUCGUGCGAUCCUGCUGCUGGCUUUGCCGGGGCUCUCGCGGCUCAGGUAGCGAUCCUCUUCCGUUUCGUUCGGUGUGCCCCAAGCCCCGUCCCUGUUGCACUGUUUGACGGGCCGUAUUCGGGCUCUCGAUGUGUCUUGGUUUGCUGAGCUUCAUCAAACAAGUUCUGUCCCAGGGUUGGGACGUGUGCGGGGCUGGGUGCCGGCCGAAGGGAGCUUCAGCUCAAUGGGAAAUGGAAAACUUUCAAAAUUCUCCUAAACCAGAAAAAGUUGAAACACGUUUUCCAUAAAGAAAUAUGGAUAUUUGAAAAGCUACAUUGGCUUUUUCUGAAAACACGGAAGAGCUGGUGAGAGGGCGAGAGACUCGCAACAGGUUUUAAUGUCACUAGAUCUGAACUUGCCUUUGGAGCAGAGCCACUGUGCCGGCGUUGUAAGCACGAAAUGCCGCCCGCCCCGCGACGAGGGCGACUGACGUGAACCGGAUUUAACUUCCGAGUGUGUUAUCGGGAAGGGCGGAACUGAGGGCUCUUCUCCCUCCUCAUUAAAACCUCAUCAGCUCCGA